GUACCUUGACGUGUCACCCAGAGAUCAAUCUAGAAUGUCAAAAUAAUUUGGCAAGAGGUGUGAAGAGUUACGCGUCAUUAUUUUUCCGUCAAGACUCGAUCGAAUAUUUUCUUCAGUCGCACUUCCUUUUUGUGAUUGAUUGGAUCGUAAUAUCGGGGAAUAAACUAAAUAAUGGAAGAUCUGUGUAUCGACUUGAAGGAUUUCGCGAGUGAUCUGUCCUCAAUAAGAAAACAAUUAAUUAAAUCGAGUAGAGUGGAGAUCGAUUGCGAUCAGUGCGAGGAGGAAAUCCACUUUGACAACUUGCGAUCAUUACUUCAGAGUCAUUACGAUGAGAUUAAUUAUAUCCAAUUAACGAAUCUCGGUGGGAAGUUUGAGUUGGAAAUUCUGGGGUAUUUACCAGUCUCUCUGCAGCAGAUUCAUUGCUACAUGGACUCGGAUCUGUCCUCAGAUCAUCGCCUGGAAGAUCAGAAAUUUCCAAAUUUAUUCGAGUUCAGGCAACUGCGUGCCCUGACCUUGAGUGGUUUUAAUCUAGGUGAAAACAGUUUAAAGGGAAUCGAAGAAUUGAAAAAUCUUUUCUUUUUGGAUUUAACUGAAUCACGAGUGCCUGUACCAGAGCUCGAGAGACUCAAUAAAAUAAAGAAAUUGAGACAUUUGUAUCUGUCGUCCUGCGAUCUUCAGGAUAAAUCCCUCAUCAAUAUUUUAUCGACUAAUAAAAAUCUUCAGGCACUAGAUAUCAAUUCAAAUCCUGAGAUCACAGAUCGAUCGAUGGAACAACUAUGUGUUCUUCCUGACGUUCGUAUUCUGAAUGUAAUGAAUCUCCCUCUAAUUACUGAUUACUACAUCGAGGAAAUGCGGGCCGUCACGGCCUUGAAUUGCCAGAACUGCCCUCGGAUUUCAGAACCUGGACUGAUCAAGCUUCUCGGUCUGUCAGAAAAUCUCAGAUAUCUUGACGUAAGAAAAUGCAGAGUCUCAAAUGAACUCCUGGAAGCAGCCCUCGAGGUUGUGAAAUCCCGACGAUCUAAAAAAUCCUUAGAAAUUUCUGUGGAUCGACCACUAAAGGACAAUUUCAUCAAAUUAAAAUGUUCCCCAUCAUUAUUAAAAAUCACGGAUGGAACCGAGAUCGAAUGAAAUAUUCUUCAAAUAAAUAAAUACAUUUUAUUAAA